GCCUUCUCCCAUUUGCGAUUUCUCUUCAUCAGCCACGAUCGAAACCUUCCUGCUCCUAAAAAGUUGAAAGUUGAGCGCCCAUCAAAUGAAUCCAUCGCGACCACACCACAACAACACUAUUACCACCGCGCGCAGCCAUUGAUUUAUUAAUCCGUGCCCGAAAUCAUUCCUUAAACGACUCAUACUCUGGCGACGAUUAUCAAUUCGAUCUACGAUUUUAGGUCUUAGGUACAACACGAGGUUCAAAAUCACACGGAAGACGGGAAAACGGAGUGCACGGGUGAAGGUUCGGUGGACUGAGAAGUCUUCUCUUAUCAUUGUCAAAGCUUUGCGGGAUAUCUCACUCCAUGUGAGGUUUCAAUUUAGUGAUGGCCACUCAACAAGAUGCAGAACCCGCUUCGACGAGCAGCGCCGCCGGUGUUUCUUCAACCUCAAAACCAGAUCGUUCAUCAACAUCGACCCCCAAUCAUAAGCCAGAUGCGCCGGACGACUCAAACAAUGGCGCCCUGUCAGCCCGCGACAAAGAUGCAUUCAAACAAAUCUUGAUAGGACAAGCAAUUGUCCGAGAUCAUAUACACUCCGCUGCGAUGAUUAGUGAUAAAGAUCGUCAAAACGAGCAUAACAAGUACCAGUUCAAGAUGAUCAACGACUACAAAUAUUUGCGUAACGACUACAGAGCCUGGUUCACGCCGAGUAGGCUUUUUGGCGAAGGCUACAGUGGCUAUGGAAAUGGAAGAACUGAGACGGGGCAACCGUCGCAAUUGAUAUAUCCAGCUAACAGACUCCGACCCGGCAAACGACAAGCGCCACCGUUAAAAUGGAAGAGAAAGGACAUGAAGCAACAGGCCGAACAACACGAGGAAUUGAUACCUGUUAGAUUAGAUGUGGACUGGGACAAGAUCAAACUGCGCGACACCUUUACGUGGAACCUCCAUGAGAGGAUUGUAGGCGCCGAGCUCUUCGCCGCGCAUUUGGUCGAAGAUAUGGGACUCAAGGCGCCUGCCGCACAGCCGGUCUUUGACCAAGUCAUCCAACAGAUGCACGAGCAGUUCAACGACUUUUACCCCUUCGUAUUCUCCGAUGAAGAUGCCUUAGACCCCGAGCUGCCAUAUUCAGCUUGGAAGAAUGACGAGAUGCGGAUAUUGGUUAAGUUGAACAUUACCAUUGGGCAACAUACUUUGGUAGAUCAAUUCGAAUGGGAGAUCAACAACCCUCUCAAUUCGCCCGAAGAAUUUGCUGCGAGCAUGGCCAAGGACCUCGCGCUCUCCGGGGAAUUUACUACUGCUAUUGCGCAUUGUAUCCGAGAGCAAACCCAACUCUUUACGCGGAGUUUGUACAGCGUUGGACACCCAUUCGACGGCAGACCUAUUGAGGAUCCGGACUUAGUCUCGGCUUUCCUUCCCUCGCCUCUGCCUUCUGUAUUCAGGCCGCAACAGCAAGCCAAGGAAUAUGCUCCGUACCUGUACGAGCUUAGCGAAGCAGACUUAGAAAGAAACGAGAUGGUAUUCUCUAGAGAACAAAGAAGACAGAAGAGAUCCAUCAAUAGACGGGGCGGGCCCUCGCUGCCUGAUCUAAAGGAGAGACAGAGAACAAUCCGCACGCUUGUCGUAUCAUCUACCUUGCCCGGCGCAGCAACUAGCGUAGAGGAAAGUAGACUUUAUAAAAGAGUCGCUGGUGCACCGGGGGCCACAGGCCGGAGGAGAGGACCAGGCGCACGUGACGGCGAGAUUUCCGAAUCAGACGAAAGCGACGAUUCAGGCCCCGACUCUCCUGCAGCCUCACAACUUGCUGGCACGGCGAGAACUAGAGGUAUGAGGGGCGCCGCGACUGCAGCGCAACAGCGAAUGGCGAAUAUUGGCCGAUCCGAAACACCCGAAGCCACGAUACACCACCAUGAAACGCGGACAUCUAGGAGAUUUGGGCGUGAACUAACCAGGGAAGAUACCGAAGAACCUCAGCACCUCCACGUUACUCUCAGGGUAUCAAAUAAAGACAGGCUACGAAAAAUAUUACUACGUGAUCCUAAGUUGAAACAAGGUACACCGGGCAGAUCACAAACUCCAUCUCAGCCCCCAGCUCGUGCCCAUAGUGCUUCUGCGUCGAAUAGCAUGCCUCCUCCUUCCACUCCGAAUAUCUCGACAUCAGCAAUUCCGGUAACCGUCGCCCCUCCUAGCGGUGUACCCCCAGGACAGAUCGGCCGUGUUGAUGCUCCUGCUCCUAUGGCCGGGGCUCCUCCCCCAGUUCCCCCCCCACCUCCCGCAUGGCUCGUCCAGGCGUUGGAUAAAUUCAAACAGGAACCAGCCUACUCGAAAGACCGAUUCGAAGGUGUUAUGCGAUACAGCGCGGUAGACAGCAACACGGGUAUGCCGGUUCCCCUCCCGCAACCAGGUGAAGUGAUUCCCCCACAGGUGCGGUUUUACUUCCUCCCCCGGAUCCGCUGCCUCGACUGCCCCGGCAAGUUAUACACGCCAGGCCCAGAUAUAUCGGCCUCAAACUUUGAAGUACAUCUUAAGAACAAGGUGCACAAAGAAAAAGUCGAGCUUCGAAUAGCGUCAGAAAACAGCAACAAGGUCGGCUGAGCAGAUUGAAGCAAGCCGACCAUAAGCAUCCUCAAUAGGAACAAGGGGUAGUAGAUUUUCGGAAUACAAAGUAUCUAUAAGACAUGGUGCGGAGUUCUGCGUUAUGAUAUUUCGUUGGUCUAAGGGACUUCUAGAUAUGCUUCUCGGCUGGUCUUUUGCCGGUUACGGGGAGCCGUUAAAACGUGCUUGAACGGAAGCGUGGAGUAUGUAUCAAUAUCAGCUGCGAACACCAUAUAAUAUGCUUUAUCUGUCGAGUUCUCCGAUACUCGACCUACAUAGUAUGGAGAAGGUUUCCAUGUAGUUAGUUAUCACCAAAUCUUCAUAUUUUACAGAUAGAUGCUUCACUUGCCGCAGAAGAAAGCUUCAUAUCCAUUACCAACAAAUGAAAUACUAG